ACUCCGGAAGAGAGAGAGAGAGAGAGAGAGAGAGAGAGAGAGAGAGAGAGAUGGAGGAAGCCAAAGGAGUGGUGAAGCAUGUAUUACUUGCCAAGUUCAAAGAUGGAGUCUCUGAGUCUGACAUUGAUCAACUCAUCAAAGGCUAUGCCAACCUCGUCAAUCUCAUUGAUCCCAUGGAGUCCUUCCACUGGGGGAAGGACGUGAGCAUUGAGAACUUGCAUCAAGGUUUCACUCAUAUCUUCGAGUCCAGCUUUAACAGUACUGAUGCUGUUGCAGAGUAUAUAGCUCAUCCUGCCCAUGUUGAGUACGCUAACUUGUUCCUUUCCAGUUUGGAAAAAGUCAUUGUGUUUGACUACAAACCAACCACAGUUCGUAUCUGAAUCUGAAGAACAAAGGUGCCUUUUAUGAGUUUUAUGCUAUAAUCAUGAUGUAAUGGUACUUGUUUUCAAUGUACACUUCAUUCCAGUGUGUUUGAUACUUUGAUAUGCUUCAUGCAAAUUGCAAUAAUGAAAUUGAUGGGCUGAUAUCAUUCCCAGUCAUGCAAUGCA